AUGGAAGGACAAGAGCAAUUCGAUGAAAGUGGACUUCCUGGCCCCGGUGCCCCAACCCCGCUCUCUGCGCUGGAUGGCGUUGCCGGCUUGACCGGGAGGGAUAUCAAGCUGUUUGUGGAUGCAGGGUACCACACCGUCGAGGCUGUCGCCUACACGCCCAAGCGGUUGUUGGAACAGAUCAAGGGUAUUUCGGAACAAAAAGCCACCAAGAUCCUAGUAGAGGCUGCCAAAUUAGUACCAAUGGGUUUUACAACGGCAACGGAAAUGCACGCCAGGCGAAGUGAGCUCAUCUCCAUCACGACGGGAUCCAAGCGACUCGACACACUUCUGGGAGGUGGUGUUGAAACGGGGUCAAUCACAGAGAUUUUUGGAGAGUUCAGAACGGGUAAGAGUCAGAUCUGCCAUACGCUCGCAGUGACCUGCCAGCUGCCGUUCGACAUGGGUGGCGGUGAAGGCAAGUGUCUCUACAUCGAUACAGAGGGAACAUUCCGACCUGUGCGUUUGCUCGCAGUCGCACAGCGAUACGGUCUCGUCGGCGAGGAAGUCCUGGAUAAUGUUGCAUAUGCCCGUGCAUACAACUCGGAUCAUCAGCUGCAGCUACUCAACCAAGCAUCGCAGAUGAUGUGCGAGACACGGUUCUCACUGCUGAUUGUGGACUCGGCGACGUCUUUGUACCGAACGGAUUUCAAUGGCCGUGGUGAGCUCUCCUCACGGCAGACACAUUUGGCCAAGUUCAUGCGAACCCUGCAACGCCUCGCAGACGAGUUCGGUAUUGCGGUUGUUAUUACCAACCAGGUUGUUGCCCAGGUUGAUGGUGGACCCAGUGCUAUGUUCAAUCCGGAUCCUAAGAAGCCCAUUGGAGGUAAUAUCAUUGCACACGCCAGUACGACUCGACUCAGUCUGAAGAAGGGCCGUGGUGAGACUCGUAUUUGCAAGAUUUAUGACAGUCCUUGUCUUCCCGAGAGUGAUUGUCUCUUCGCUAUUAACGAGGAUGGUAUUGGUGACCCCAAUGAGAAGGAUCUGGAGGAUAAAUGA